GUUUCAUUUCCAUGUUUUAACUGUUCAGUCUCGUUCUUCAGCUUGAUGGGUUGUUUGAAUUUAGCUUGGAAAUGUUUGUUGAAUUGUUUUAGCUGCUCUUCUUUCAUCAUUUCUUACUGGACAUAUAUGGGAUGUAUGUGAAGCAUACAUGUUGACAUGAUAGCUCAAUUUUACUACCAUGGAAGAUUGUUAGCUUUUAAUUCUAAUUGAUUCUUUUUUCCCAAAAAGUUUUUUUCUCUGCCAGGCAGUGGUUUCUGUGGGUGAUGCAUGUGCUAGUAACAUGUUUCUUCCUUCUCUGAAUUUUUACUUUUGCUAGCUUUAAUUUAUAUUUGGAGCUAUUGCUUUACUGCUAUUCUGGCUUUUUCUUUUUCUUUUGUUUUUUUUUCCUGUUUUUUGUUUUCUUAGUUUCUGCAAAAUAUAGGUUGCUGCCAUUUUGUUCUUUUUUGGUUGAAGUUACUGUAUAUUUUAACCAGAAAAUCGGAAAGUAAUAUCAGUCACUGAAUGCUUAAAUUUGUUUCUAAUUAUCCAUUGAAAUCCUAGAGUUAAAUUCUAUAUUCACUUAAGCCAAAGUAUAGGGCUAUAUAAGUACUGCAGAAAUUAGAAUUUUCUAAAAGGACAUUAAAAGUCCGGAAGAUAUAGUUUCUGAAAUUUGCAGAAUCAAGUCCUUGGAUAAGCUAAUGACAUUUGGAAAAUCAUUAAGCAAUGACAUUCAGGAAAGGUUUUGUCUGACAGAUAGUAAACCACAUUGUACUGGAAAAGCUGCACUUGACAAGGAGAAGAACACUCCCUUGGUCCACUUAGAUGGGAGGAAUAUAAGGUGCAUGAAUAAUUGCAAGGAGAGCAUCAAUAGCAUGGAGGUUCUGUUGCAUAAACAAAAUAAGGCUUCCAAUAGUCCUGAGGAUGUUGAAGUUGAUAUAAUUGGAUGCACAAAUAAUGGUGACGCCAGAACAGUUAAAACUGAGGACCCAGAUGCAACUGAAUGUUCCAGCUCAUUUGCCGACACUACAUCUGAUACUGAGAAAUGUUCUGGAUUGAAUGAUGCUGAAGUGGAAUCCCAGUUCAUUGGUGAUGCUGCUUUUACAUCUACUUAUGAUGCAUUUAGUAGUAUGUUUCAUAUAAGGAAGAAGAGGUUGACAAGUCAUUGGAGGAGCUUCAUACGGCCACUCAUGUGGCGCUGCAAAUGGGCAGAACUGAGAAUCAAAGAAAUUGAGUCUCAAGCACUAAAAUAUGGCAGAGAACUUGCAGCAUAUGAUGAGAGAAAACUUUCAGGAAUUGAUCAAUCUACAGUGGAGGGUUUUGGUUCAAAGUCAUUGCCAUUUUCUAGUCCUUGUUACCGUAAAAAGGUGAUAAAGAGGAGGAGACGGAAGCGAAUCGAAGAAACAACUGAUAUAACAUCAUACAUGUCAUGCCAUAACUUAUUUUCCUAUCUUGAAAACAAGAAAACCAUUCCAGAUGGCACAUAUAUUGCUGAUGAUUUGGCCAACACAGCCAAUAUGGACCAACAAACUGGUUGCGGUGGUAAAUUUGGCAUUAAUAAUGAUCAAUUGCUUUUGGAGUUCAGAGAUGGUAAUAAUUCCUUGGAGCAAGUCCUUUGGAAAAUUGAAAUUGUGCAUUCUAGGGUUCAAAAAAUCAGGAGUCAGCUUGAUCUGGUGAUGUCCAAAAAUGCUUCAAAGUUUUCUUCCUCGGAGAAUUUGAGCCUCCUUGCAGCUUGUGAUGCUCAAACCAGCUCUGCUCCUAGCCCUACAUUUUCAGCUGGCAAUGGAGACACAAUAUCAGUGGGACCUGCGUUUAAUACAACUCAGCAAAUGUCAGAAUAUGAUGUUGGAGAUCUGGUUAUGCCUGCAAGUGCUAUUUCAACUUAUGGGGAAGCUUUUCAUGUUCCUGAUAUAAUUGAAAGCACUGUUGGAUUGUUGUCAUCUGCUGAUGUUACCUGCCAUCAGCCACAAAUUGGUGACUCUUGUGAAGAUAUUGUGGAAAAUGUUCUGAUACAAAAUGAAGGAAAUGCUGGAGAUAGACAGGUUUUAAUGAGGACAAAUAGUCAACCUAUAAAGCAACAUCAUCAACCAGAGAAAGUUGAAGAAGGAGAGAGCACCAAUCCUUCUCCUAUUCCAACAUCAGAACCUAAUCAUGCAACAAAAAGCAGCGUGUCUCAGGAUCAAUCAACUCUGAGGUCAUGUCUGGCCUCAGACAUCUGUUUCCCUAGGAACAAAAGAAAGCGAGGGGAGCGUAAAGCUGGUUCCGGUGGUUGGAGCCGGAAACACUCAGGUGAGCCUGAUAGCCAAUGAGUUCAUUUUUGAUGGUUCACUAGCCUAAUAAGCCUGACAUUUCUCUACUAAGUCGAUCACAGAGGCACUCAGUGGCACUGUAAAGAAAGUACCAUGGUCUUGAUGCUAUAGACGUGUUGUUGAAAGGUAACUCCUAGACAUGGUUUUCAGAUCCUCUAGGUUGUAGUUCUGAUGAGCUUGACAGUGAGUGGCAGUCUUCAUGAGGUCGAAAAUUAAUUUGCAUUUCCAUGAUGAUGACGAUAGUCUGUAGUCUGUAAGCAAAAACUAGUGUUGUUAUGUUUCUUCAAGUUCAGAUUUGCAGGCACCAUGAGCUAAUUCUCCAUUCCAAUUUUUCAAUGCAACUUUCAUUGAGUUGAACCGCUAAAGUUAAUUCUACAGGCUCUUGUCCACUUCAAUCUGUUUAGUGGCUCGCGGCAAGUGGACUCAUUAAAGUUGAAAGUAAUUGUAUGCUAAAAUCUUGGUUUUGGUCAUAAAUUAAUCAUUGUUGUGAUUUUCUGUUGCAUGAAUUUCAUUUUGUUCAAACCCCUCUAUUUCUAUGUGCAUGAUAAUUGUUUUGUAGAUGAGCAGUCAUUGGAGAAAAUUUGGUGAGAACUGGCUGCUUUUUGUUGAGACAUAGGAUGCCAUUUCACCUAGAGUGUCAAACUCUUGGGUCAUUACUGUUGGAAAAUUAGUUGUUCCCUGAGCAGUGGACAUGCAAAUGGAACAGUUGGCAGAGAUUUUAAACA